CUUGGAACGCUUUCGAUGAGCAUUCGCUCGUCCGACCCGACGCGCGACGCUUCGAUCGUGCGCAUGUUUUUACUUUUCACGCGUCCACGAGCUUCGCGGAGUUUUUCCUGCGGCUUUACGCCGGCCGGCCGAAAUAAUUUGAAUAAAUCAAAUAUAAUCACGCAGGAUAUUUUAAAAAAUCAACUUGUUUGAGCUGAGUGCGUGAGUUAAUAAUAGUAUUAUUACUAUAAAGGGCGGAAGAAUAUACAUUCCUAGCAAGAACCGUGGAGAACAAUAAUUAUUAGGGGUGAUCAACAGUGUGUGACGAUUCGCGCAUAAAGUUGUCAACUUUUGUGUAGUUUUUCAAACUUGACUUGACGCGAGUUCAAGUCGAACCAUUUGGAAGCUAGUGCACGGUGCGACAUUGGGAAACGCAAACAGUGAUAACACGCAAGGAUUUUUGGAUAUUUCACGCGGUUUAAUCAACUAACAACUUAAAAAUAUCAUGUAUCCAUCAAGAACGAGCACAUCAUCAAUCCCACUGGAACACAGAAUUUCCACACUUUCAAUCCGAACGACAGACACGUACAACCGCCCAAAGUACGAUUCAUACGGAAUGAAUCUAUACGAGCAACAUCACCGCCGUCGGUUAUCUUCUACUGGCGAAGGUAGUGGCGACUCGAGCACCACCGCCUCCGGCAGUACAUAUGGAGAAAAAGAUAGUGAAGGAAGCGAAGGACGCGCCGAAAGUGAAAACAGCGAUGCGAUGCAACGAGAACAAGAGGACGCACGGUCAGAAAGUCCUGUCGAUGUUGUUGUCUCAGAAUUAGAAAAACAGCAAGUGGAAUAUGCUUACAGAGGAUUAAAAACGCAGGUCUACGUCAGCGGAUGCCUAGCGAAUCUGUACACGAAAUCCCAGGCGGAUAAAGAAUGGCAAAUCCGUUUCACCGGAAUACCUGUGGUUCUCCACGACGAAGGAGUCGUAAGAUCGCGUACAAAGCGUCGUAUUCAAAUCCUACUCGCUGAACGUGGUACCUCGUUCAUGUUAUGGCGUGACACCAUCGACAACCUCACCUCAUACAAAGUCUCAUCGCCUACCUUCCAUACAAUGUACUACAGCGAGGAUCAUUCCAUCCAGAUUGGUUUUAGUUUUGACCAGGAUGAAGCCGCACAUGAUAUGUGGGCACAUAUCGAACACCUUGUCGCAGACCCAGAGAAUAUCUGCCUUUCUACACCCGGGAAAAAGAAGAAGAAGAAGGAACGCAAACAGCCUAAACCGGCACCGCUCCCGCCCAAAACGCAGAUCUCUCUGCCAUGUUGCUUCCAGCACAUCACACAGGUUGAGCAUGCAGAUCGAGGCAAAUUCUUUUCACUCAAAGAAUACGUUCCUCUGACGUCCUUCAUGCCCAAACUGCGGGCGAGUCGUGAAGAAUUGUAAAAAUACGUACAUCAAUUUCUAAUUCAUAGAAUAACACUAUUUUUAAAGAUUUUUAUUUAUAAGCAAUUGAAUUUUUCAAUGUUAUUGAAAUAAUUGCUUCUUGAGCUGAAUCGAUUAGGUCACUAGGAAUUUUACGUAGACUUUAUUACUCUACUAAUGGGACUUUAUGUAUUUACUUAGGUUUAUUGUUUACUAGUAAUUUGUCGACUGAAUUUAAGGCGCUGUUUAUAAAAACGUAGAUGCUAAGAGAAAAGCUACGAAUAGAUUAAAACUAGUUCAGAAAUUGCAUAGAAAUGCAUUAUGUGUCUGUUUACUCUUGAAAUUAUGAGAAUUUGUGCCAACAAGUGUAAUUUCAAAGUAAACGUUGAAUUAAACUUUGUACCAGUUGAAAGUUUCAAAGUUAUUAAUUAAAAUAAAUUUAAAAAAGUAUAAAUGCAAGUGUAAAAAGCAUAUCAUAUUGUUUUACAAUUAUUUUUAAACAGAAUUACGUAAAUGUGUUUUUUUCGUUGAAAAUAUUGGCAUCAAAAUGAAAUGGAAGCGUCGAUAAAAUUUAGAAAUUUAAAAACUGUGAUAUAUCAAGAAUAAUUGAAUGAAUUGAAUUUGUAAUAUCGAGGGAAAUAUUUUAUAUUUAUAUUACUCGUGGAGUGCAGACGAGUAAAAUAUUAUAUAUAUUUAAUAAUAAUUAAAUGGCUAAAGAAUAAUAUUAUGUGCAAAUGAUUAACUGUAAUAUUUGUAGCAAAAUUUGUGUAUUGAAAGUUUUGCCACAAAUAUCUAUACGAAUUAUACCAAUUAUUAAUUAAUUGUUUUUGUAUGCAAAUGGAGGAUUAACAUUGUGAGUUCUUGUGUCUAUUGAUUUUCUUACUACAACAUGAUCGCAUGUUUAUUGCUGUGUACAAUGUAAUAUUAUUACAAACAAAAAUAAACAUAAAAACAAACAA